CUCUCGGGUCUGGUGUCCCCCAUUAUAGGACUUUCGAAUGAACAUGAACCUUACGCCCAUGAACAACGGAUAUUCUCGGGCUAACGGCCACAUUUACGGGCAGGUGGCAAUGGAAGAACCGGAAUCCGAGACGACCGGCAUGCUGCCGUCGUCCACCUCGUCGUAUCGGAAGCCGCCACUGUCCACGACGGGAUCCUCCUGCUCCUCCUCCCCGUGGAAAUUCCCCAUCGUCAACCACGCCUACAACACGAUCGGGAAGAGCCUCCUGGACAGCCAGAGCGACCUGGCUCACUCGGAUAGCGGAUGCGUGCAGGGGGAAUAUGCAGUACCGGAUCUGAGUACGGACUCGACGCUGUUGUGCCAUGAUUCCAAAUUUCCCGUUCCUUCCCCGGCACCGUCUCCUCGCUUUUAUAAGAGGACCAAUAUCUCCACCUGUCCGGUGGCAUCGACCCAAACCCAGGCCGUCGAACCCUACGAAACCUACGACCUCUGCAACGGGGUGCAGGACAUUCGAAAGCAGUCCGUCGGUAGCGAGACUGGGAAUGGCCUGGUCUGCAUUCCCAGAUCCCAGUUGCAUCUCGUGAAGAAACUUGGCCAGGGUGACUUCGGAGAGGUGAGUGCUCUGAGACGAAUGAAUGAACGAGUGAAUCUCUGUGUAUUGGAGAACUUCCAAGGGGAUGAUGGCUCCAUCCUCGCCAAGCAGGUCGUGGCUGUGAAAUCCCUCGACCCUGCCUCCUCCAAUCUUCAUCGGUCUACGUUUUGUGAGGAGUUGAAGAUGUUGUCGCAACUGCAAGACGUGAACAUUUCCCGGGUCCUCGGCGUAUGCAGUGACCAGGGGACGGGCAACCUUGCCGUGGUGAUGCAGUACAUGGAACACAGUGAUCUCUGGCAUUACCUUCAAGAACGGUAUUACAGUGACUCUGGUACUGGGGGGAGUGGUGGGGGUUGUGACACCCAGACCAUCACCUACGGCAGCCUCAUAUACAUCGCCACCCAAGUGGCAUCGGGCAUGAAGUACUUGGAGUCCCUGAACUGUGUCCACCGGGACGUGGCUGCCAGGAACGUUCUAGUCGGUGGUGGUUCCUCGUACCACGUCAAGAUCGCGGAUCUGGCCGUGUACCAAGUCCAGUUCUCUACGCACUACUAUCGACGAGAUGGCGGACCCCCGCUCCCCAUCAGGUGGAUGGCCACCGAGAGUCUCAUACUGGUG